GUCAUUCUGGUGCUAAACGCCUCCAUUGUUGUUGUGGUCGGCGUCGGUGGUGGCUUUAGCGUCUUCGCUGGUGUGAAAACGGUGUUCGUCCUAGUAACGUCGUUGUCUAUCAGUUGCCGUCUACUUCUUGUUUACCUGCAGGCCUCCCUAAAGUUAGCGCCCAAAACAGCUAAUGCCGUGAUUGCAUCUAACUAGAAUCGCCCCUCAGUAAGUUGCGUUUGUGAAGAGCGAGCAAAAUACAAUUUGGCCUAUUUGCAAAGACUAACGAUGACGAUUUGAUUAAAACAAAUUUGAAUAAAACAUUAAUGAUUUCAAAUAUGGUCGAAAUGGAUGGUCCAUACAUAAUAAUCACCCGAGGCAUUCCAUACGGGCAUUUUCAUCAUUUUGUGUUGUGUAAUGGAACUUCAUCGUAUUCCAUCAAUUAUUAUCGACAACGGACAUGGCUUUAUGAAAGCCGGGUUCAGUGGAGAGAAACAGCUUCCUACCGUGACGAUCCCAUGUCGUGAUGACGUCCUGCUGGGCGGUUUUGUUGUGGAGAAAGUUCAGGAAGAAAGACUCCCUACCGUAAAUCUUGAUUCUCUGAAAGAGAUGUGGAAAGACGCAAUAUAUAGAUUGAAAGCUGAUCCAACUGAGUACAUCUUCGUACUCACUGAAAAUCGAUUGUUUACGAAAAAAGACGAUCACGAUAUCGCAGAAAUAAUGUCGGAAGAAAUCGGAGCAGAAGGACUACUCAUUUGCAACGAAUCUUCUUUCCCAAUGAUUUGGUAUGGCAAACGGACAGGUGUCUAUGUAGACUGCGGUGAAUUGAUCACUUCUGUUGUCGUCUUUCACGACGGUCGACGUCUUAGUGACAAUGUGCUCAAUUUUGGUGGCCGGGAUGUUACUCUAAAGCUUUUGUCAAGCCUACAGCAAAACCGAUACGACCAGUUAGACUCACAAAAUCUUGACCAUCUUAAGGAAAUCAGAAAAAUCAAACACGAAUACGGACGGAUAAGCACUGACUAUGAAAGAGAAAUGCAGCUUGCAUGCAAGACUAAGCCAACUGCAGUUCUUUGCCAACUAGAACCACAACAAGUUUUUCUCAUGCGCAAUGAGCAUUUUACCUGCUCAGAGGGUUUGUUUCAUCCUCAUCACUUUGGUAAACGUCAGAGUGGAAUCCACCACGCGGUGUGCCGAGCCAUCGUGUCACAACCCAUAGAUAAACAAGCCGCACUCUACGAAUCCAUACUUUUGUGCGGCGGCACCACAUUGCUGAAGUCGUUUCCGGAAAGAUUGUCGACCGAAAUUAGCAAUUUUAUGAAGGUCAGAACGCCUGUCAAGGUCAUUGCUCAUGAGGGUCGUGAACACAGCGUAUGGUUGGGAGCGAAUAAGUGGUAUACCGAAAAUACAUACACUAACCGCGAUAUAUUUCGUAAAUCCCAGUAUCUCGAAACCGGCGAAGACAUUUUAAGAAGAACAAGUAGAAGAAAGAAUGAUGCAGCUUCUUUGCACUUUUAAGACAAAGCGUUAUAAUAGUAUUGUCUAUUAUCAUAAACUGGAACGGUGUGGUUACCGUCAGUACAAUGGUUGUGUUCAAUAGUUAAUUAUUCAGAGUCAUUCUA